AUGCCUCCCCCCUGCCAAUCCAUCAUCGUUCAAAAAGGAACGUUUCUGCCCCCCGGGGCCCCCAACCCCCUCCCCGCCGGCAAGGCUCGCGCGCUUCGGCGCAAGGAAAUCAAGAAGGUCAAGGCGAAGAAGGCCGAGAAGAAGAAGAUGUUCGAGUCUGGGCGUGCAUCUGUGGAAGAGAUGAUUGCCGAGGCCGAGCGCCUCGAGAAGGCCGCUGCUGUUGAGGAGGAGGAAGCGCGGAGGAAGCGGGCCCGCGCCGCGAAUCUGCGGGUGGUGGCGGCGGCGAAAGGGGAGGAGAAGGAGGAGAAGAAAGAGAAGAAGGAAGAGGAAGAGGAAAUGCUAAUCAGCUUUGAGGAUGAGGAGCUACUGGACGUUGAUGCGAUGUUCUUCGCUGCUCUCGAUGCAACUUGCAUCGUCUGUGGCACGGAGAUUGAUGGGCGGCAUCGCUGGGCAAAGCAUUUCCGGGCAGUCUACUGUUCCUCGACGGGUGUGAGGGUGACGGUGCCCUUGUGUCCGGAACCUUCUCAUCCUGCAGUCCGUAUCCCAGCCGAUGCGGUGACGGAUGAAUGGGUUUCCGAGAGAAUGCCCGAGCAUGAUCAGACUGAUCUGUACGUGUUCCAUGAGCCCUGCUGGCGGCGCCUGGUCAGCCAUUUCAGUCCCACGGAAUUCGAUGUGGGCUUUGUUUUUGAGGCGCUAGAAUAUUUCCGCUGCCCUUGCUAUGUGGCCGCCAUGAACCCAUACCAACGGGAUUAUUGUUUCCUUACAAGUGGGAGGCAGUGGAUGAAGGACUUGGACACCAGCCUGAUUAUGCCAACCUGGACGACCUCAUGCGAUUUGCAAAAGCACUCCCAAGCCCCUGGCGUCCGGUGA